AUGUUUACUUUCUUUGAAAAGCGUUACUAUCCUUCCGGUUAUAUGUAUCUCUUGUGCCUACCUGAUCCUGGAAAUAGCUUUUCGAUGUUGGUUGAGCUAAAACAUCCUGCUUUCCCUCCUCGUCUUCCUCCUGCACCUGCUGCUGACCACGACCUGCCCAUCAGAUCAUAUAAACGACUGGACUCCACGUAUGGUAUGGAUGAAAAUCGUCAAUUCUGGAUCGAUAUUCAAUGUGAAACAUUUACAAAUUGGAUCAAUCAGCAGAUAGAAUCUCCACAAAUAACUGAUAUAUCAAAAGAUCUCGCCAAUGGAGUGACUCUCAUCCGGUUGAUUGAAGCCUUACAAGGAAGGAAAUACUAUGGAAAGAUUUAUGAUGAGGAUCCUACAGAAAUUCAAAUGUUACUCAAUGUACAGAUGGCGUUGGAUGCACUUAGAGAAGAUGGCGUUAAAACUGUGAAUAUAGGAAGUCACGAUGUAGUCGAAGGAAACACAAAACUUAUACUCGGCCUAGUAUGGUGCCUUAUUCAACGCUAUCAAAUAGCAUCACGUAGUAAAAUUCCACCAAAAAAAUUAGUUAUGGCCUGGAUUCAGUCAGUCCUUCCCGAGCUGAAACUCACGAAUUUUCGAACAAAUUGGAAUGAUGGAAGAGCAUUGAGCGCAUUACUGGAAUAUUGCCAGCCUGGUUUAUGUCCAGAAUGGAAAGGAUUGGAUGUGGAACAAGGUUACGCAAACUGUGAAAGAGCGUUGAAAUUAGCCACUCAGUACUUGGCUAUACCACCUAUUAUAUCGCCAGCUCAUCUCAGUAGUCCACAUCUGGAUGAGUUAUCCUGUAUAACCUAUUUAUCAUAUUUUAUUAUGAGAGGAGCGUGUGGAUAUAGAGCCACACUUCACAGAGUUCAACAGCUUCUUCCUGACUGUGCAGUUGAUGAUUUUGAGAUGUCAUGGAGUGAUGGAUACUUGCUUUCAUUGUUAGUUGAGGCUGUUGGAGGCCCGACCAUUGAUGUGGAACAGAUGAAGUUCGAAACGUUUGAGGACUGCGUAGAGAACAUUAAUAUCGCGCUUGAAUCCGCUGCUGACAUUGGAAUAGGAUCGCUCGUAGGAGCCGAAGAUAUCGCCGAUCCUCAGGGAGAGCAUUUAGGUAUAAUGGCACUAGCGGCUGCUUUAUGCUCUGUUGGACCUCAACCAAAUUUACCAGUCACACAAUGUUUCACAAAUCAACAGGUUAACCUCGAUCUGGCAUUCGCCGAUGGUGGUGAGGUCCGCGUUGAUGAACUCGGCGUACGAGUGAUUGGCCCAGCCGGUCGUCCAGUGUCAGCGGAUUCCGUGAAACUUCGAAAGAGUCGAACCUCGUCCGGUGCAGUUUUAUCAAUUAUUCCACGAGAGUCCGGCUAUCAUCAGGUGAGGAUCUAUUGUCAAGGGGUGGAGUUACCAUCAAGUCCCAUCUCAUUGCACGUACUGUCACCGGAAGAAACUCGAGCAGCGUCACGAGCGAUUUCGAAUUCGUCACGUGACGUCGUAGAAUCACGUGUUGACGUUGUGCCAACGAAUAAUAGUGAGGACAACGACGUGCCACUCCAGAAAUCCGAUUCUGGAUCGGACGUUGAUAUAUCGCAUAAAUCGUUUGCACAACGACGUCUUCACAUCAUCAAACAAUUAGAGACUCGAAACGGUUCGACUAAAAAAGGGUCCUCAACCAAAAAACGAUCCAACGAACAUUUGUCGAAAACAGACAGAAACAACGAAAAGACUGCACAGUUGGAAACGUUCACGAAUCAAGACAUGUCCGUAAGACCACCCGACGUUGGUCUGGUGUCAUUCUCCGGUCUUACCGAACCAUGCAGUGUAGGUUCGAUUGUGGAAGUUGUGAUAAAUGCCCACGGGGAUUGUACGGCCGGAUCUGUUCAAGUGGAUGCAGUUGCACCGAAUGGACGAGCUCAACAAUGCGUAGUAACUAAACGUGCUAACUCAUAUUCGGCUAGUUUUACACCUCAACAAGUUGGUUUAUGGAAAAUUGGAAUCCUCUACGAGGGAGAACACAUUCGAGGAAGCCCAUUCUCAUGUCAAGUAUUCGAUGCUGGACUGGUCCAGGUAUACGGAUUAGAUGUUGGUCUAGUGGGACAAGAAUUGCGAUUUAAUGUUAAUGCUAGUGAAGCUGGAAGAGGAACUCUGGAGGUCAGCGUAUUACGUCACGGUCGUCAUAUUCCAUCAACAAUCGAAGAAGAGGGUACUCCACAAGUGUAUCGGGUUAACUUUGUUCCCGACGGUGCAGGACAAUAUAAAAUUCACGUACUAUUCAAUAGAAUGGAAGUGAAAGGUUCACCAUUUAUUCUGGAUAUCGCUGACGCUUCUGCUGUAUCAGUUUUUGGUGAGCAACUUCGUGGUGCAUCCGUUGGUCGUCCAGCCUCAUUCAUGAUCCAUGCAGCUGCGGCUGGACCGAACGAUAUCACUGUUGCGAUUACAGCACCAUCAGGAAAUCGUCGUCAUGGUGUGGUGACAGCGCUCGAUGAUGUCUCGUACAAAGUUGAAUGGAUACCACAGGAAGCAGGUGAACACGCUGUUGACGUUCGUAUAUUCGAUCAAAGCGUUCAGGAUUCACCAUUCGCAUGUAACGUUGGUGCACCGGAAAAAGUAGCAGUACGUGCGGUCCCAAGACGUAUACUCACCAAAGAUCUACAUACAGAACAUAGUUUUGAAAUUGACGCCUCGUCGGCCGGAUCGGGAAAUCUGGAAAUAAUGAUCAAUGGAGGCCGAGUACCAUGUCGAGUACGGGAAAUUGUUAAUCGACAGUAUAAAGCUGUUUUUACACCGACACAGAGUGUAACACAUACGAUCGAGAUGAGAUUUAACGGUGAGGAAGUAGCCGGUAGUCCAUGGCACAUACCCGUUGAGGAUCGUCCAGAAAGACGUCAUGAUGCAACUCGUACCACUUCGUACUACUCGGAAUUGUCUGGCCCUGGAUUGGUCCGUGCGCCAAUCAAUAAAACGGCAUCUUUUGAAAUCACAGGCGAAGGACUAGAAACGAGCGAUAUUCAGGCGAAAAUCUACGGACCUGAUGGACGUGAAUUUCCGGUGCGUAUUUUGCCACGUGGAAAUGGUCGGUACACAGCAGAAUAUCGUAUAGAACAGGUCGGCGAACAUCAUCUAACCGUAUGGAUUGCGGGACGAAAAGUGGAAGGGAGUCCGUUGUCGGUGGCAGGCUACUCAGCGGAUCGAGUGAGGCUCGAACCGCUCGGGGGCGGUGCAGUCGGGCAUCCUGUACAGUUUGUCGUGGAUGCUGUCGAUGCGGGGAAAGGCCAACUUGAAAUUUCCGUUAAUCAAGGACGUGUGCCGAAUAAUGUUCAGAUGCAAGGAGCUGGAAGAUGUCUCGUCACAUUCAUUCCACAACAUCCAGGCACAUACGUUAUAGAUGUGACGUUCAAUGGGGAACAAGUGCACGGAUGCCCGAUCAAGGUGGAGAUUUUACCGAAACAAGUCGGUGAAGUUGUUCACGCAAAUCUCACACCAACAGCCGUUUCCACAGCGAUUUCAGCAGGAGGUUCAAGCGUUGCUGGUGCAUUCCGACAGUCUCGAACCCCAACGUCACCCGGUCUACUACAACACAGCCGUCAACGAUCCGCAGAAGCACUGAAUCCCAGAAGUCCAACGCUACUACGUGAGGCUCGUGGAAGAGCGGAAAAACCUUGGACUCAAUCUUAUGCCCCGACAUCAUCACGUCUCAGCUCUUCACUUUCACCAAAUCGUGAAUGGGCUGCUAGUAGUACAUAUGAUAGAAUUUAUACUGCCGAUAGGACACUCUCACCAAGUGAUCCAUCCAGGACAAGACACUUCACUGAAACAACAAUAACGCAUCGCAGUCCAUCACCGCCGAAAACAACUUAUGAACAAACAAAUUACCGUCGUCGUUCACCAUCUCCGUCCGGUGUACGAUCCAGAGAAUUUGCUGAACGCCAAGUAAGGACACCUUCACCAACACGCUAUGAACGUAAAUAUCAAAGCCCAUUUACUGGUGGAGUUCGACAGCAAGAAAAAGCAUAUAGGUCACCAUCACCAAUUAGCCGUGACGAUAUUCGUUCACGUACCAGCGAUCGGGUCGUAUCACCGUUUAGGAACACACCAUCACCAGCAGCUGGUGAAAGAAUACGACGCGUAGAGCAAAUAGAUCCAGUAGCAGCCGAGGAAGAACGUGAACGAAGGAGAGCCCAAGCGGAUAGAGAAAAAUUCUCACCUUCCUCAGUUGGUUAUACGGUAGCUCAAUAUGGACAACCGGGUAGUGUUACGAUAGAUAGGACUCACUCUCCGGAUAAAUAUCCGGCACCACGAUCCUAUAAUGGAACGCUUGAUAAGAAAGAAAAAACUCGGGAUGCUGUCAGUCCAUCAACAUACGGUUCCAAACAGAGGCCUGAAUCUCCCGAAUAUUCUGCUGUGUAUGAACGAUUUGAUAGAAAAAAGGAUGAACCUCCUCCAACUCCAGCUCAUGCUCCACAUCCUGAACCAUCUAGGGUGAAAUCAGCUGAAAAUGUGCAGGACAGACAUAGAGCUCGAAGUCCACCACCUGAUUACGAUACCGGGCCUUCUGUAAUCCAAACGGUAGCAACAUCGACUAAGGCUUACGACGAGCCAUCGUAUUCAGAAACAACUUCGAUAACUCGAACAACCUACACGAUCUCACCAAAGAAGCUGGAGAAAGACAUUGAAAAGAAACCAGAAGUGAUCCCACAUCGUGGCGGUAGUCCUUUUGGUGAGAAACCAAAGAAGAGCGCUAAGGAUGAUCUGAGCUUUUUGAGGACUCAGUCUGAGUUCAUCGACCGUGGUGGCGCAAUCCCGUCCUCAUUACCUCGAAGUGAGGAGAAAAGUCAAAUUUACGAACCGACAACAGAAAAACUGAAGCGAACAAGUGAAUUAUCACCAAUGCCUCUGGCUGACGAGGCUCAACGUACAAUGGAAUAUCUUCGAGUUCGUGCUGAGGAUGAUAAAAUCCUGCAACAACACGGAUACGGAAAGAGAUCAUCAUAUGAACCAUCAAUCGAAAUCCAAGAACCAGCAUCCGAUAUUCGUGAUGACGUGAUCGAAGUGGCUGGAUCCAGAGAUGAUCUCACCACUGGUGGAAAACCUGCUGAUGCGAGCCCAAGAGUGCAAGCAUUGGAACCAGUUGCUGAACUACCGCACUCACCAGCACCCUCAGCUAAAUCAACACCUCAUACAACGCCGAAAGCAAGCAUGAAAUUUAAAAAAGAAGGCAAAGAAGGAAAACCAUUCGAAUUCGGCAAGAGCAAAUUUACCUCUAAGCAUGAGGUGGUGAAACGAGGAAAAGACGUUGAGGUGAAAUUAGAGAAUCUCAAACUUUCCAAGGAGGAUACACUUCGUGUAGUUGUACUACCUCCAAUGCGAGGUCAGGUUGUAGCGCCUGGCACUACACAACCAGAACUUGAAACGAAAGUAAAGAAAAGUGGCAACAAAUACGAGAUUUCCUUCAAACCAACUGAAGUUGGAACUCAUAAGGUAUUCGCCUACGUGAACGAGAUCCAGCAUCCACUUUCACCAUUCCCAAUCCGAGUCUAUGAUUCAUCCGAAAUUAUUGUUGGCGAAAUUCCAGGACGAUCUAACCUUAAUGAUACUGUUGAAUUUACAGUGGAUGCUGGACGUGCUGGAUUCGGGAAUCUGGAAAUGGCGAUCAAGGAUGCUGAUGGUGUAAUUAUUCCAUCACAUGUUGCCCAACUGGAAAGUGGAACGGCGAAAUUUCUUGUGACGUUUACGCCCACCUCUAAAGGCCAACAUACUGUUAAUAUCACCUUUAACAAAGAAGUGCUCAAAAACUCACCGUUCGAAGUGCUCAUUACCGAUCCACCGGCGCCGUUAACCGAACCCGUUGAUGGAACCGCCUCACCAUCUCUCACUAAGAAAGAAUUGAAAAAAGAUAAGGAGGAUAAAAAGAGAGAAGAGAAGGAACGCGCUAAGCGUGAAAAAGAAGAGAAGGCAGCUACGUUAAAGAAGGACAAAAAGAGUAAACAUAAGACCGUAUCAAAAACAUCAGUGACGAAAAUCCCAUCGCUUUCACGUGUUGGCCAACCGUCAAGCAUUAUCGUGGAAGUAGCUGGACAAGAUCAACUGGAAAUUAUUGUUACGGAUAAUAAAAAAAAUCAAAUUGGAACCGAAAUCAUCGAAAUUGAGCCUGGAGUGAUGCAAGUAAACUUUACACCUCAAGUUGUUGGCGACCAUGACAUUGAGGUUAAAUACGGUGGAGUACCAAUCACAGCGAUACCGUUCACAUGUCGAGCGUAUGAUCCGACAAAAAUUAAAGUUGGCACAAUUCCAAAGGGACUUUUGGAUAAACCCGUCUAUUUUACAGUGGAUGCAUCCGAAGCUGGUGUCGGUAACCUUGAGGUGGCCGUGAACGAUGGCCGUGUACCUUCAAUGGCCCAUGCUUUGGGUCAGCAUCGUUACGAUAUUUCCUUUGUACCAAAAGAAAAUGCCGAUCAUACAAUCACGAUACGAUUUAAUAACGAGCCAGUACCAGGAUCUCCAUUCACCUGCCAUCUUGUAUCCGCUGCCCAAGCAUCCGCAUCAGGACCUGGCCUCGAACGUGUCCCAGUCGAUGAACUGACCGAAAUUAAAAUCCAGACAAAUGUUGCCUCUGAUGAUGAACCUGAGGUACGAGUUCGCGAUCCUCAAGGUAAUGACCUUCCCGUAGAGGUUACGAAUAAUCGUCAAGACGAAACACUUUGGGUGGCCACAUACGUUCCAAAGUGUGUUGGUAACCAUCAGGUUGAUAUAUCCAUGCAUGGUGAACCAAUUGCCGGAUCUCCUUUCACUGCCAAAGCGUACGAUGCGAGAAUGGCACGACUUAGCCAAUGUGACCAAGCGGUUGUCGGAAAACCGUGCACAUUUGCCAUAGAUGCUGCACGAGCUGGAGCUGGUAAUAUGGAAAUUAUUGUAUCCGUAGAUAACCGUAAUGUACCAAAUUUUGUUCAAGCUGAGGGUCAAGCAAAAUUCAAGGUGUCCUUCACUCCACAAGAAGCUAAAGAGCACGUAAUUAGUGUGCGUUUCAAUGGUGUCAGCGUACCAGGAUCACCAAUGAGGUGUAUGGUAGAAGGCGCUCCACCGACUGGCACAACUUCACUAACAACCAUGGCACCAUCGGUAUCCACAGGUCUUACCGGAACCGCUAUGGAACGUAUGGAAAAAUCAUCAUUAACGAAUGACCUCAAACAUGCACAGGUCGGACAAAAACGUGGAUUCAGUAUCGCCAAUCCAGGUGGACGAGCUUCCGAAUGCAAUGUGGUCGUAAUCGCUUCGGAUGGAUCUCGUACACCGGUAAUCAUAACGAAAGGAGAAGAAACAUUCUAUGCGGAAUUCAUUCCGACCGUUAAAGGAUCUCAUGAAGUGAAUAUUUUUCUUGACGGUGAAAAGCUGAACGAGAUGCCGAUCCUGGUUCCGGUUCGGGCCGCAAGAGCGAAAUUUCCCGCAGUGUGUUUUGUUGGGAAACGUUAUUCUUUUGAUAUUGACGCUGACAACAAGAAUGAUGUACGAGUGGAUAUUCGAGAUCCUCACGGCCGGUCUUUGCCCGUCCAAAUUGAGGAGUUGCCAGACAGGAUUGUACGAGCCUCCUGUCGCUUCAAGGAGGUCGGCACUCAUCCGAUCGACACAUUCGUUGGUGGUCGAGCGAUCGGCGAACGAGUGCUUCAACGAGUUGUCGACCCAGCGAAUGCCGUACAACUCGUCUCGGAAGUGAAAAAAGAAGUGGUCAGUGAACGGGCCGAACAUAAAAUUCUUAUCGUAUCUGGUCUGGAAGAAGAGGUUGAUGUAGCCGUACGAGAUCGUGAUCGUAGUUUACAAGCUGUCACAUUAGUAAAAGUUUCUGACACGUUAUGGACCGCUUCGUGGAUACCUAAGAUGGAAGGCGCACAUGAACUGGCGAUUUCUGUUGCUGGAAUUCCAAUUGCCGGCUCUCCUUUUGCGAUACCAGUUCUGGAUCCGUCAGCUGUUCGAAUUAUUGGUUUGAGAAACGAUCGAGUUGGCGUUGAACAACAAUUUAACGUUGAUUAUGUGAAUAGUGGAGCGUUGUCAGCAUCCGUAGAAAUUCGUUGUGGAUCAAAUUCUGUACCAUGCGGAGUGAAACGAGUAAAACCUGGUCUACUUAUGUGUUCAUUCACCCCAACUAUUAGUGGACUCUAUCAGAUCGACGUACACAUCGAUGGAUUAAUUCUACCAGAAUGUCCAUACGAGUGUAACAUCACAUCAGAGGGAUCAGUUCGCGCGACUGGCGACGCAUUACGUCGUGCGCAACGCGGCCGCAUCGCUCGUUUUGAGGUCUCCCUCAACGACGCGACCCGCGGUGAGCUCGACGUCAUGGUUUCAGAUCCCAACGGUGGCCCAUUGCCCGUGCGCUGCUACCGACAACAGGAUGACAGUUAUUGGGUGGAGUUCACUCCGGAACAAACUGGAACUCAUACCGUCGAGGUAACUUUCGGCGAUAUACCGGUAGCUGGAUCACCGUUCAAAUGUGAGGUUGUCGAUCCGAAAAAAGUCCGAGUUAGAGGACUUUCCGAUGCACUACUGCUACGUCAUGCUACUGUUAUCAAUGUCGAUCGCAGACAAGCCGGUGCUGGUGAUCUCACAAUUGAGGUGAAUGAUCCUACGGGAGCUCCUCUGAAGGUUGAGAUGCUGAAAUCACCUGGCGGAGAGGAUCGAGCUACGUUCCUACCGAAUCAGACAGGUCCACACAAAGUGAAUGUGAAAGUGGCUGGAUUCCAAAUUCCUGGUUAUCCUCAAACCAUACUCGUUUCUGAACAACAACAACCGAGCGUCUACGGUGCAGCCAUAGAUCAUUCCAUCAAAAUCGACGAACCAGCCAGUCUUAUUUUCGAUCCGAAAGGAAAUAGUGGUGGUCUUAAAGUGAAUGUCGUUGGGCCUAGGGAAAAUAAGGUUCGUCACAAAGUAAUGCGACGACCCAACGGCACAUCAGAAGUAGUGUUUUCGCCGGAAGAAGUCGGCACUCAUAUUGUACACAUCGACUUCAACAAUAAACCAAUCGCCGGAAGUCCGUUUACGGUACGUGUCGUCGAUCCAUCGAAAGUAGUGGUAAACGAUCUUGAUAUGGAUCGCGAUGGUUCUUUUUUGUUGCGGCUUGGCCAGCAGAAUGUUUUUGACGUCGACGCUACCGCUGCCGGACCCGGCAAACUUCGUGCGGAAGUUCGGAAUUCCGAGAGUGUGCUGCUCGGUGAAGGUCCGGCCGUCGACGAUCUCGGUUAUGGAAAAUAUCGCGUGGCUUUCACUCCCAGACAACCGGGACGGUACUCGAUUUAUCUUUACUGGAACGAAUUACCUGUGGAAAAUGCGUUCCCCGUACGUGCGCGAUCAUCCGAAGAACGUGCAACUACGUCACGUGAAUCGUUAGCUCCAGUUACACACGUAAGGGAUAAAUCGUCUUCUUCAAUCGAUGACGAUGUGUCACGAGUGAUGGUUCGAGGUGAUGGUUUGCACCGAGCUCAGCUGAAAGAACCGAAUGAAUUUAUCGUUGACGGCAGCGACGCAUCACGAGAAGGCCGGUUAACAGCAACGUUAUUCGGGACGAAGGCUGACGUUCCUGUUCGGGUGCAACAACUCGGACAUAAUGUCUAUAAGGCCACGUACACUCCGCUCACUGGAGGAAGCUAUGAACUUCACAUACUCUGGAAUGGCAGUCAUGUCAAGGGGUCUCCAUUCAAGGUCAGCGCCGAUACUGCCACCUCACCUGCUGAACUGAUUUCGGUUGACAGUUCUUCACUAAAAAUUGGCAUAAUUAAUGAUGACAUCAAAACCCUCAUUGAUACCCGAAGAGCAGGACCAGGACAAUUAUCGGCUCAAUGUAUGGGACCAAUAAAAUUGGCAUAUUGUGAGCUAUACGAUCAUAGAGAUGGGACUUACACGUUAAGUGUAAGACCAACUGAGGUAGGAAAACACACAUUGGUCAUCAAAUACAAUGAUCAACAUGUUCGAGGUAGUCCAUUCCUCAUUCAUGUAUCGUUGCCUCCGGAUCCAUCAAAGGUUCGAGUGUAUGGGCCUGGAAUUGAACAUGGAAUUUUAAGCAUGUUCAAGUCAAAUUUCAUCGUUGAGACGAGGGGUGCAGGAGCUGGACAGCUGACCGUACGAGUUCGAGGUCCAAAAGGAGCUUUUAAUGUUGAGAUGCAAAGGGAAAAGAAAAAUGAGCGAACAAUCCACUGCAAAUAUGAGCCAAAGGAGCCUGGAGAUUAUCAGGUUGAAGUGAAAUGGCAUGGCGAACACGUACCAGGAAGUCCAUUCCUUGUGAUGAUUGUGGACACAGAGCAAGAGUUGUCACGUUUCCUACGAGGAGAAGCACCUUCACCAACUCCAGCCACUCCAUUUGUGCCUCCAGGAUGGGUUGGACCACCGCCAAUGUUUCCGCCACCAAUUGGUCAACGAUACGGACCACCACUGCCAAUGGGACCACCGAUGGGUCCGCCGAUGGGCCCACCACCACCGGGUGCUAUGAUGCCUUUUAAUGGUCCACCACCGCCUCGGCAUAAAGCUAAAUAUCAUUGA